AUGGCUCGUGUAAGCUUUGCAUUGGUUGCAGCAUUGCUAGUGGUCUCCACUGUCGCCCAGCCCCCUGUUCCUUCUCCGUCCGUACAAAUUCCCAGGAAAAUUUCGCCUGCUCCGGCUCAAUCUCCUACGACAGCGACUGCUCCUGCUCCGGCGACGGUGACUGCCACUACUUCAGCAACUGCUCCUACUCCAUCCACCGAUGUUACAUCUCCACCAUCUCCGUCACCGGUUGCCUUUGAUGUUCCAGCUUCAUCUCCAUCAUCAAUCUCUGCAUCUCCUUCUGAUUCUCCAUCAACGAUCGUUGGUACCCCUCCUACUGAAGCUCCUGGCCCAGCUAAAAACGGCGAUGUUCCGGCUUCAUUCAGUGUCGUUGGAUCCAUGGCCGUUGUCGUUUUAGCCUCAGUUUUUGCCAUAUAG